AUCGACGAAUAUAAAAACAACAGAAUUGAGAAAGAGUCAAGUGAAUAGAAAUUAACUGCCUUCUAGAGCCAUGCUGAGAUUCCGGAGCCUGAAGAAGAGGAGUAAAUACCUCACAGGAGUUUAUUUCUUAGUCGCUCUCUCCCUCUGGCACUACGUCAGAGAAGGAGGACGAGGAAGAAGAGGAGAAGAAGAAGGAGGAAGAAGAGGAGGAGAAAUGGAAGAGAGAAGCUAUAAGUAUCCAUGGUCUGGCGUUCUCGAGGAUGACUAUGCUGAGUUUCGUGUUUUGGGUCCAAUUUCCGCCGAGCCUAUUCUCUCUUCUCACUACGUCUUCAGGCCACCUCCUCGUAGGAACUUGGUAACAGGAACUUCCUCAACACACCGGACUCCCUCUAACCAACACCUGACAACACCAAGAGAUUAUUUCCUACACCUCAAGAAGCCGCAGUUUUGGUGUAGGAAACUGGUCAUGUUGGGAGGGAGCUUGACGUGCUCGCCCUAUGGAGACGAACAAGGCAGGGACGGGAACAAG